AUGAAAGCACCGACGGUGCAUCUCCAUCUGCGAAAGAAGGCUCUGGUGAUGGGUCUCUUUGCCAUUUCGUUGGUCACAUCAAUCUACCAUUCUUAUCUUUCCCUCUCAGAUGUCAUUGCUUGGGCGGAUCAACAGACUCCAGAAGAUCGGUAUGAUGGCUUUCCGAUAUCUCUCGAGAACAAUGCUGGCACCAAAAAUCGAAACAGCACCACGAUAUCGGACUCUGAGAUGUCAACGUCCCUGUUGGCCAAACAGUUCUACGAAAACCACUAUGCAAGCAUCACGACACUCAUCAACAAAUCCACAGCACUCUUAUGGAAACCUCGCUCGGAGAAUCCUUUUGCACCCUUCAAAGACGAGUUGGAGAAUCCAUUUGUGAUUCCCUGGCGUCGUCCAGUGGAUUUUCGCACACGGCUCGAUUCCAGCCAUUACAUUGUUUGGCGAGACAUUUGUUCGGCUGUCAAGGCGUUUCACAAGCAUCGCACCAGACCAGACUACAAGCCAUUGCCGCAAAUUUUGACUCUCCGAAUGAAUGAAAACUGGGGAGAAUUUUCCGAGUACAUUCCCAAUCGUACCACGGACAACACGCGAUACACUGGCUUGACGGGAGAACAAGUCUGGAGACAAAAAGGCUGUACUCGGCAGGAUAUCUUGGCCUUUUUAGACCAUGACGACACCCGCGCCGUUGUCACUACGCAGCACUCUUUGUUGGAUCAUCCCAAGAUCUUCUCUCUUCCGCUGGGUCUCAUGACCCUCGAUCCUGGCUUGGUCAGCUUGCUCCGUGAGCUGCGCCAGCCCUCAACACUGCCAAAGGACGCAGAAAGACCUCAACUCCUGAUGGUCAAUAGCAAUCCUCGCCCUAUGAGAGUCGAUACAAUCAACACGGUGCUGAACAACUUCCAGGCGCUGGGAGUCAAGAAUACCUACAACAGUCAAGCCAAGAAUGGAAGUAAAACCUAUGCGGCAGAGCUGAGACGGUCCAAGUUCAUUCUAUCACCAAGCGGAAUGGGACUGGAUUGCUACCGGCAUUGGGAGGCCAUUCACAUGGGGACUAUUCCGGUGCUGGAGCAUCUGAAUCGAACGACGGAUGCUUGGUUUCGGACGCUGGGGGAUCUACCAGUUGCAUGGAUUGAUAGCUUUGACAACUUGACCCCAGAGUUCUUGCAAUCGGAAUACAAGAGAAUCAUGGGCAGAACCGACUACAACUACCAAAAGUUGACUCGACAGUGGUGGAUCCACCGCAUCAAGUCCACCUUGCUGUAG